AUGGAGUAUGUGGAUGCAAUCAGAGAGCUCAAGGGUCUUCCCGAAGAAAUCCAUUUGUUCUGUCCAAGACAAAACGCUACAGAUUAUGACCGUUAUGACGAUUUGACCCAAGACAACAAGGAUGAGCAGGGCAGGACCAUCAAGGAUGUGGUGGAGGAGGCUACAGCCCGUAAACAAAAAUUCCUUUCUUGCAUGCGAAUACUGGCAUACAAUGCCGAUGGCGUGGAAGAAUUGCAAUCCUGGGUCCUGGGCAAAUUAGAUGACACAUUGGAGAAGUGUGACCUCUGUAUCAUGCAGUACUACACCGGCAAGAUCUGGCUUAUGGACAAGCUCAGUCAAGAGGGUUACCAGGAAGAAGAAAUCGAGGAAUUCUCUCGAAGAAUAGACGAGUUGGAUAUCAAGCGCAUUACUCGGAAUUUGCCCACAGCAACUCUGCAGCUACAAAGUGUUCUGCCCCAGAAAAUCGCACUAGAUACCUUGGAUCGCGCUGCACUGCUGUCCAUCUUCGAGACUUUGAGCUGUGAGGCCAUGCUAAAGAGCGAGGACCUCCUUCAAAAUCAUUUCGAUCUGCCGUUCAAGCUUAUCCAGACCAGGCGGGCGUUGAAGAUCUCAGAAUAUGUUCCGGCUGUGACACGCUUUCUAUUUGAUUCGAAUCAGACUCGCAGCUUCUGGGCCAUCUCGUCAUGGACUCGAUACACCCGCCCUCCAACCACUCUUGAAUUUGAAUGGGCUAUCCGAGAUGCACUCCUUGUUGCACUGCGGGCUGCCUCCCAGCAACCGCCGCCGGCUAUUAUCAUCCAGAGGUUGUGGCGUGGCAUGCAGCUCAUUGUGAAGAGACUGGAUAAGGAGCAGAUCACUCAUCAACUCCGUGCUUUAGAGAUUGAUCCAUGCCGCCUAACCGUUGAUCACUUACAUAUCCCAACUCCGGGAUUGCGAUAUCUCCUCAACACCAUACAGACACUCUUAGAGAAAGCACCCACCGUGUUUUGGGAUGCCAUGCAGACUAUCUCCCCCCAGGCUAUCAUAGAGCAUACCUUCCACAACCCUCAGUUUCACGCAUUUUUAAUGCAGACCGCAGACGGUGAACCGUAUGAGAAGUCUGCACUACAAGACAUGCUCUCAUGGAUCAGCCCGUUUCUAGCGUCACUCAAGGGAGCUCGUCAGCCAUCGGCAUGUAGGUCUUUAGCCGAGAGAUUGUUGAAAAGUCUUCAAGACACAAAGUAUCCGAACCGGGCUCGAUAUUAUUGUUUCCUCGAAGGUCUAAAAAGCCUUCUUGGUACUCUUCGUAUCUUCACGGACAACGAAAAUUCAAGAAGCUCGGUCGAAAAAGUCGUCCUGAGCGAAACCAUGGAUGCUCUGAUUGAUACUAUCGACAUCAUAUUAGAGCCGCCAACAUUUUCUGUCGAACAAGGGCGACAGAAAGAGAUUAGUUCACUAUGCAUGGACGUCGUCCGUAAUACAUUAGCCCUAGAAUGCCAGUCAUUGAAGAGUGACUAUGAAGUCAUUCUCAAGCAUGGUACCUUGUCUCAUGGCGUUUCAACUUACUCAGCCCCCAUUUGGGAUGCCGUCGUCAGGAACCUCCGGAAGGACAAUCUUCCCCUGUCAACGUCGGCAUUGCUGGCCAUUCUCCCCCUAGUGGGCCUGGAAAAGUUCACCUCGAAGGGCGGGGCUAAUCCAGAAAAAACCAAUUUCAACAUGAUCUAUGGUCAUCUCAUCCAUCUAUCAUGUCAGAUCAUUGAGCGUCUAUCUGAAUUCCCGCCUGACCAUUUGAAUAUACUCUUUCAAAGCCAAGACACGUGUAGUGCUCUGAUCUCCACCCUUUUCGCUGCCGACCUGAACACCUACCAAACGGCUGUUGAUCUGAUCAAGAAUGUUAGUGGUCAAGCUGCCCGACGAGAUGCUAUCUCGUAUUUGCUGGAGUCCUCAUUUGUUACGACCAUGUAUGGUAUCAGUUGGUCUUUGCGCCGAAUUUCCAACAUGAAGACAUUUGCACCAGCACCAAGAAUGCUUCAUGCUGGGACUGAUAUUGUCGAAAUCUUGUGUAACGAUCAGACUGGUAUGCUUCGCACGCGUAAUUUGGUUGAUCGUCGUGAGGUUGCGGCUCUGCAAAAGCUUUGGGAGUUUUUAUGGCAAGCGCUAUCGACCAUAUUCAAUGAGACUGAGGCCUGGCACCUGCGCGGCAACGAAAAAUCAGUUAUGCUGGAGUUUUGCCGCGACACUAUUGAAUUUGCCAACUUCCUAUUUAAACAAUAUGCCGUUUUCGUGGGUGCUAUAGGGGAUGACGAAAAGUCAGCUUUGGAUUUCUUGAAGUCGCCCACAGCCACGAUGAGUGCAAUGGUAAAGUGGCUGCGACUCAAGGACGUCUUUCUAGCCGGCACCUUGGUUGAUCUUGUUUCGAAGCUCUUGCGACGCUUGGGAGAAAAGCAUGUGACAGUCAAGCCAGAUGCAUUAAGAUUCAUUGAAGGAGUUGCAGUGGAUGGCUCAGUCAAAACGAUUCUCACUUCGGUUGAAAAGGCAGAACUCGUUCGGUCACUUGAAUCAUAUUACAAGAAACCAAUCGUCACCGCGUCCACCGCCGCUCUCAAAAAGCAGAGUUCAAUCACAUCCUUCACCUCAACCACUACUCUUUCUUCUUCCUCUCCCCAUCACCCGAUUGAAAAAGACCUGGACAACGUCUCUGCUAUCACUCACCUUGAAUUCUCUCGUUCAGUUGAGCUGAAUAAAGCCCGCGUCGCAUCCUCUGCGAAAACGAAACCUAAAACAGCCCCAGUCAAACCCUCAGCUCCUAUCAGACGUGCCCCCACCAAGCCCGAUUUGAACGCCGCUGCUAGCUUCCGUGAGAAGCGCGAGCGUGAGAAAUUGGAAAAGAAGAAGCGGGACUUGGCUGAGAAGGCACGACUCACCAAGAUACGCACUUCAGCUACGGGCCAGACUAACGAGGCAGGCUCUGGUUUGAAGAAGAUUGGGGCAUUGGGUAAAGAUCAUACAAUUCCGCUUGAUAGUAUGAUGGUCUCUUCUGGAUCUGACACAGAUUCAGAGAGUGAAGACGAAUUAGACAAAGAGUUAUUCGGCGACAAAUCUAAGAAGCAGAGUACCGUUUUGGAAUACGAACACAAUAAGAAGAUGGCCUUCCAGCAGCAACCCGUGAAAAAGGCCAAACUCUCGAUCAAGGACGUGCGUGCUCGUCUGGCCCCAGACCUUUCAUCUUUGCAGCAUACAAUUCUCGGUUGGGAUUACCAUGAAACCGGUGAACUCCCCCCAAACUUCACUCAUGACUUAGUCCAGGUUCAAGGCACUUACCGCGACGCCCGUGAAUACAAGCGGGUGUUCGAACCCCUUCUUCUCUUGGAAGCUUGGAAUGGCCUCCAACGAGCAAAGGAAGAAGUCACCGAACCUUUCGAGGUCAGCAUAGAGUCACGUCUUAGUGUCGACAUGUGGAUCGAAUUCAGCACCAAGCCGCUGAGCAAGUCGGAUAAAGAUAAAAAAACGUUCAUCGGUGAAGGUGACGUGGUAAUCUUUUCCGCUUCCAGAAACAUGACCCAAGACUCUUUCGAACCCUACAUCCUCGCACGUGUUAAAAGCGUCAACUACCGAAAUGGUAAGCAGGAGGUGACAUAUCGCACGAACCCUGGGCGCAACCCAUAUCUGGCGAAAUUGGGGCCAAAUUCCAAGGCGUGGGGAGCCAAGGUCACCAGCUUGACAUCGACGGAGCGCGAAUACGCUUCCCUCGUGUCAUUAGAGUACUAUGAUUUGUGCUCUGAGCUUCUCAUGGCCAAUCCUUCGCCUAUCCUGAAAUAUGCCGACACUACAUUGCAACCAUUGGUUAAAAAUUACGAUGUUAACGUCGCCCAAGCCAAGGCAAUCAAGUCGGCUCUUGACAACGAUGGAUUUACUCUUAUUCAAGGACCUCCUGGUUCUGGAAAAACCAAGACUAUUACAGCGCUUGUUGGUGCUCUCCUGACCAAUGUUCUCGCCGCACGAGGUACAACCACCCUUAUAUCGAAAGGGGGGGUCCGUAACGCCGCUGUUGAUGAGAUUGUUCUCCGAUUGAAGAACGGCAUUAAAACCAUGCAUGGCCGUACUGAACAAAUUUCAGUCGUUCGUCUGGGCCGAAAGGAGGCUGUGAACUCGAAAGUGCUCGAUGUGACACUUGAUCAGAUGGUUGAAAAUCGCAUGAACACCAACACAAAACCAUCCGGGCCUCCAGUCGACAUGGCGAAACUAUGUGCAGAGCACAAAGAAAUCUGUAAUCAGGUGAAUGCGGAAUGGCAGAAGUUCAAUGAGUGCCGGGAGAAAGGCCUAUCAACUGGUCUUACAAUGCCUAAAAUUGAUUCUUUGAAAAAGAAGAAAGCACAACUGAGCGCCAUUAUCGAUAAAACCAAUGACAACAUGAAGACACAGACUCGCAAUAAUGAUAUGCAGAGAAAGGCAAUGCAGCAAGAGAUUGCUAGGAAGGCUGAUGUCAUCUGCACCACCCUCAGCGGAUCUGGUCACGAUAUCUUUCAAACCUUGGAUUUGGAAUUCGAGACGGUCAUCAUCGACGAGGCUGCUCAGUGUAUUGAGAUGAGUGCAAUGAUUCCUCUCAAGUACGGCUGCUCGAAGUGUGUUCUUGUCGGUGAUCCUAAGCAGUUGCCCCCAACUGUUCUCUCGAAGAGGGCUGAGAAGUACGAAUUCGGGCAAAGCUUGUUCGUCCGCAUGCAGAAGAACCACGCCGAGGACGUUCACCUUCUGGAUGUGCAAUAUCGUAUGCACCCAGACAUCAGCAAAUUCCCCCGUGCCGCCUUUUAUGAUGGAAAACUUCUGAACGGUCCCGACAUGGGUGACCUCCGAUUGCGUCCUUGGCACAUGAGCGAACUACUCAGUCCUUAUCGUUUCUUCGACGUUCAAGGCAUGCAACGUAGUCUCCCUCGUGGCCGCUCGUUGGUUAACCAGGCAGAGCUGGAUGUUGCCAUGCAGUUGUAUGAACGGCUGAUCAAAGACGUUCCUGGCUACGAUUUCGAUAAUAACAUUGGUAUAAUCACUCCCUACAAGGGUCAACUCUUGGAGAUGAAGAGCCAAUUCGCUAGACGAUAUGGUGAAGAGAUUCUGGACAAAGUUGAGUUCAACACCACUGAUGCUUUCCAGGGUCGGGAGUGUGAGAUCAUCAUUUUCUCCUGUGUCCGUGCCUCUAUGAAUGGUAUUGGUUUCUUGGAUGAUAUUCGACGUAUGAAUGUCGGUCUCACUCGAGCCAAGUGUUCGCUGUGGGUUCUCGGUAACUCUGAAGCUUUGAUGCAGGGCAGGUUCUGGAAUAACCUCAUUGAGGAUGCGCGAGAGCGAAAGCUCUACACCACCAAUCUUGGUAACCAGCUACAAAAGCCGCAGUCCAUGAGCUUUCAUCCCCUUGUGAUCAAGGCUAAGACUGUCUUGCCAGCCCCUAGCCAGAUAUCACCAAAGGGCCAGCAUGAGACUCGUGAAGUCCGAGUCUCUGCGGAUCUCGGUGGUCCCCUGGACAGAGCGACUGCGGACCGACCCCAGGUCUCGCCGACGAUCCAGGGUCGUCGAGUCUUAGCCUCUCUGGACUCUCUCGGCGGUCCCUUGGAUGGAUUGACUGCCCCAGGCCAGGGCCAGCGCCAGGUCUUGCCGACAGGCCAGGCCAAGAUUCGUGAAGUCCUAGUCUCUGACUCUCUCGGAGAUCCCCUGGGUGGAGUGACUACCAUCCAGGAUAGCGACUGUAGCAAGCGAAAGCGAACAGACUCGGUUUCUAGUGAGUCCACUGGCUCUAAGACCGCUGGUACUAAUUCCGCUGGCCCCAAGUCCUCUAGUAUGGAUGCUCCUGGUCCUCCCAAGAGAAUGCGACCCAAGAAACCAGUGGACCCGUUCAUUCGGCCUAAGCCUCGCCCCCACGGAGGACACAAAUAG